UGGCGCAGCUGUCAGAGGGAUCGGGGGGCUCAAGAGUGUCAAUCGGGUUCGAGGGAGUGUUUAUGGACUUUUGGAGAAGUUCGCGGGUCUUUGGGGGCAAUCGGAGGGCGGGGGAGUGGUGACGAGUAAGUGAAGAGUUUUUGGGGACCUUGGAGGGCCAGGAUGGCGCUUAUCUAUAUUGAGGAUAAUGAUCCGUGGAUUGUCGAGCACGAUGCAUGUGAGGGGCUCUUCCGAGAGAUCAUGGAGCAACUCAGCCAACGCGAUCGCGAGGUGCGGACUUCCCAGGCAUUCGCAAGUUUGUCAGCGAACAUACGGUUCCAACUCAAGCAGUACACAGAUCAAAUAGCCCAGCUCAGGAAGAAGGUGGAUGAAGCCCUGAAGUUGAGAGUUAUAACCCUGGACGAAGCGGAGAGGCGGAGGCGACAGGUCGAACAGCUCCAAAGUAAUGCAUUCAAGAUCAAGCAGUUGUACGACGCGAGGAUGAAUCCAACUGCGUCGGACAGGCCGAGUCUCAUAAACUCCAGUGGCUCUGCAUUUGCUGACGGGGGAACCACUGGAUGGGGACAGGAUGAUGACGAGGAUGAUCCUCCCCUGAAUUUAAAUGUCUCCGUGAGCGAUCUGAAGACGCAUAACGAAGCUGCCAUUCAGGAGCAGGAUCGUGGGCUCGAUGAGUUGUACCAGGUCAUUGUGAGACAGAAGAAUAUUGCCCAGACAAUUCAUACUGAAGUGGAUCAUCAAAAUGAACUAAUUGACGACCUGGCAGACCACAUGGAGCGAACAGACGAGCGGCUGAUCGAUGGAACGAGAAGAAUACGCGCAAUCGAUCGCCGAGACAGGACCUGUGGAUACUGGGUCAUCAUAAUUAUCCUAUUCAUAAGUAUAAUUACCAUUGCUGUGGUCUAACGACCGAAUGUGAUAAUUCCAUAAUUCCUAUUUUUUAAGAGAAUGCUUACAUUAACAAUGUAUUGUAAAUUACUGAUUAAGGAUUGAGGACUGCAAUUACUGGUAGAGAACAUCAUUAACGAAAUUUAUUACAUUAAUCACUGGGCUCCGCCCUAUUCUACAAUUUCAACACGUCAUUGUACACUGGUUGGUUCUGUACAGAGCUGGGCAAUAUUUCAGUAAAAAGCUAUUUGAAGAAUUACUUCAAAUAAUUCGUGGGGCAAUGCUAUUUGAAAUGAUCAUUUCAAGUUCAUUAAUUUGGAUGAUUAAAUUAUAUUUAUUUAUUCUCGCUUGAGAACCUGAAAUAAAAUGAAUAUUCACUGCUUCAUUCACUAGUUCAACUAAUGAAAGGGGAAUUUUUCUUUUUUUCCUCUGAAUUAUUUUAAAUAAGAGAUUAAAGAUUAGUUCAGAUGAAAUUCCGAAGAUUCUCGAUUUUUUUGUGACUGAAAAAUUUUGAUUCUUCACUUUUUAUUCAUCAGUCAAUUUAUUAAGGGAAUUUUUAAAUUGAGUGUAAUUUGACUUUAUGACUGAUAUGUAUUUGUAGAAGCUUUAAAGAAGUGAGUAUUUUUUUUCAUCAAAAAAAUACUCGAUGAAAAUGUAUUUAAUGCAUUUUUCAGCAGACGUCACCGAUUUCAUGAACUUGAGAAUUGAAAAAAAUUCGCUCUCAAGAGUUAGAAACAUUUUCAUACAACUGUACACCAGAUUCCUGGGGUCAGCGCUCCCUCUUCUUUUUCUCCAUCAUCUAUUUCUAACGGGAUCCUUCCACAUUGUCAGAAAUUCCUUAUUCAUUUUGAAGAUCAACAAUAUCAUUUUUACAUCAGUUGAAAUUCUCAGAUUUCUUGGGAAAAUUAACCAUCACAUAAUUGAAUUAAUUGAAUUCAAUAGAUUGAUAAUCGACAAUAGUCGAUGUCUGAAUUUACCAUUUUUCAAUCAUUUUCAUUGAAUAUUCCAGAAAUUAACUGAUUUAUCACUACUAUGAAUGGAAAUUUCAUGUGAAUUAGUAACGAAAACUCGUGAAAUUCACAAUAUAUUCUAAAGUUACAAUUUUAUUUUUACGUUAUAAUGUUAUAACAGUGUAAAUCGAACUAUAUGAAUACAUUUUCACCCCCAAACUUGAUAAACUUGAAAUAGAAACGCUUCAAAACAAUCAAACAAAAAAAUUUCAUAGAAAAGCCCGGCGAAUUCGAAAUUUUUCAAUAGAAUCGACGAAAAAC